AUGUUGGUCCUAUAAUAUCUAUUACUGAUCCACUUCAUGCUAAAAAAGAUGCGCAAAAUGCAUUAUUUUCUGAAAAUAAUAACGAUGAAAUAUUAAAUGAUAUUAAUUCUAAUCAAGAAAACUUAGAUGAUAUUAUUAAUAUUAAAAAUCUUUUUAUUUCAAUAGCUACAACUGAAAUUAAUAAAAAUGAUUGA